AUGGCGCCGAGAACAAAAAUAUUAUCGUUGCUUCUCUUGCUGAAUUUCUACGUCGCCGCAGCCCAGUUUUUCAUCAACUACGCGGCAACCGAUUCCUGCCAGAGGCCCACGGAGUACUAUAAUUUCGCUAACCUCCGCUGUGACACUUGUACGGGCGCCGACUCCCAGACAAGUACCGGCGGUUUUUCCUGUGCUUGCCAGUCUGGGUUUGAGUUGACUGCAGACAUCGGCAGCUCCCAGGUCACCUGUGCAGCAUGUGCUGCUCCUACUCCUGUGACGUCGGCGGAUGGCUGGGCAUGUGUGUCGUGUGGCACAGGGACAUCGCUGGACCCGGUUACUGGCAGGUGUACCCCCUGUCCUGCUGGGCAGAUUGCAGUUGAGCGCACAACAAACGGGACCCAGACCAGCCAGCAUGACUGUGUGGCUUGUGAGGGGGAUACUGUGCCAAAUGCUGCAGGAGACAGAUGUGUCCGCUGCCAUCAAAGCUUUAUUGAUGUCAGUGGAAGCUGUACCUGUCCUGAUCCUAACCAAGUGCAUGGUGGAAUCUGCUUUACAGAUGCACAGAUUGGUGUGAGUCAGAACCUGGACUUCACUUGGGACAGUGACACCAAACUAUCCUACUACAUUGAGGAAUACCUUUUGGCAGCUUCUCUGGGCUGUACGCCUGCCACUGGCGCCACGGACGCCCAGCGUAACCUGACGGCCUGUCAGUUGCUAGGCAACCUGUGCGUGCUCCGCCUCUACAACCGGCAGAACGAUGGAACCAACCAGGAGGACGGGUGUACCCUGCUGCAGGCCCUGAGUGAUGACAACAAUGACAAUGUUGGCACUGUACAGGACUGGAAAGUUGCCAUGCCAUGGCUGUAUUAUAACCACCUGCUGAACGACGUGUCAGAGAUACUGUCUGACACGGAAAUCACCACCAAGUUCACCUUCACUGCUGCAUCACAGUCGUCCAAGCUGGACCUUGUAGUGGCAGCCUACAGUCUGAACGGGGAUUUCUUAGGAAUCCAGGAUGUCACGGGCGGCCUGUUACAGGUGGGACAGUGGUUAUAG